CCUUAUAGUGAGUGGUCGCCGGGUUGCAUCAUUUGCUUAUCCAGUGUCAAACUGGUGUCCGGAAACUUUGAUGAUCACCGUUGAAUAUUGAACGUUGAAUGACAGGCAGCGCUUGUACGAGCACCAUCGAUCUUGUGGCUGAAGCAUCAAGACCAUUGAUGAACAGGAAGCCAUGGUCGCCGCUUCUCUCCCGACUGAUCACCCAAUCUUUAGAUGAUGCAAAUAUACUUUUUGUACCUGAAAGAUCUAGGGAUGCGUUCCUUUGCAUCAAGGAAUAUCACGAGACAGGUACAUCAGAGAGAAGACGUCUUGAAAUGAAUCCCAUGCAGGGCACCCCGCCUUCUUCUCACUAUGCUCCUUGUCCAACUUAUCGUCGUCAUAGUCGUCAUAGACAUAGUUUGUUGUCCUCCACAGCAUUAUAUGAAAUCACGAAUAGAAGGGCGAUGGUGGGGUUGAUGAGCUGCUGGCUGAAAAUGUCCACGAAGUCUUCUUCCACCGCUGACUUCAUCAUCCGAUUGAGUUCCCCCCGUUCACUCGGACCUUUCCAGUACAUGAAUACACGUUGCCGUUGUAACGUGUGGCGGACAGGAAUCGAGGGGAACAUGCAAUGGGUGAGUACGUUUUCUGCGUUCACAACUCUUUUCUUGAGCUGAAGAACUCCAUCGGCUACAAGCUGAGGGGUCCGAGGAGGACGAAGGCUCAAAUAGGCCUUCUCUAGAUGACU